AUGGACAAGCACAAUCUCACAGUGCUCAAGGAAUUCAUCCUGCUGGGAAUCACAGACCGCCCUGAACUGCAGGCUCCCCUAUUUGUGCUCUUCCUCAUCAUCUACAUGAUCUCACUGGUGGGCAACCUGGGCAUGGUCAUCCUCACCAAGGUGGACUCUCGACUGCAAACACCCAUGUACUUCUUUCUCAGACACCUGGCACUCACAGAUCUGGGCUACUCCACAGCUGUAGGACCCAAAGUAUUGGUUAGUUUUCUUGUGGAACAAAACACAAUCUCUUUUUAUGUUUGUGCCUUACAGGCCACUCUCCUAGUUCUGUUCAUUAUUUGUGAACUUUUUAUUCUGGCUGCAAUGUCCUGUGACCGCUAUGUGGCCAUCUGCAACCCUCUGCUCUACACAAUCAUCAUGUCUCAAAGGCUCUGUCUAAUGAUGGUCAUAAUCCCUUAUCUCUACAGCACAUUUGUCUCUUUGCUAGUCAUCAUAAAGAUUUUUAAGUUACCCUUCUGUGACUACAAUAUUAUUCAUCACUUUUACUGUGAUAGUCUCCCAUUGAUUGUCCCUCUAUUAGCUCUGUCUUGCUCUGAUACCUCCUCCACAGAAAUGUUGAUUUUUAUAUCAGCAGGUCUGAAUUUGAUGUUUUCCAUGAUUAUAGUUGUGGUUUCUUAUUUCAACAUUGCUCUAUCCAUUCUCAGGAUGCGUUCAGCAGAAGGAAGGAAAAAGGCCUUCUCUACUUGUGCCUCACAUAUCGUGGCUGUCAAUUUUUAUGGUACACUUCUCUUUAUGUAUUUGCAGCCUCAAACUAAGCACUCACUAGACACUAAUAAAAUGGCAUCCGUGUUUUAUACCCUGGUGAUCCCCAUGCUAAAUCCAAUGAUCUACAGUCUGAGAAAUAAGGAUGUGAACGAUGCCUUAAAGAGAUUUCUAAACAAUGUAUGUUCUUUAAAAUAA